CCUCCAGCGGGCGGGGAGGAGGCGGGGCGGUACGGCGGCGCGGCGGGGUCAACGGCGCCGUUGGCGGGAGCGGGAAGCCGUCGGUCGCGCGCGGAGCUCACACGCACACCGGAGAGCGCGAGCCGCCGCCAUGCACGUGAUCAAGCGAGAUGGGCGCCACGAGCGCGUCAUGUUCGACAAGAUCACUUCUCGGAUCCAGAAGCUCUGCUAUGGACUCAAUGCUGACUUCGUCGAUCCUGCACAGAUCACCAUGAAAGUGAUCCAGGGUCUAUAUAGUGGUGUCACAACAGUGGAACUGGAUACACUGGCUGCUGAGACAGCUGCAACCCUCACUACCAAGCACCCCGACUAUGCUAUCCUAGCAGCAAGGAUAGCUGUCUCCAACUUGCACAAAGAAACCAAGAAAGUGUUCAGUGAUGUCAUGGAAGAUUUGUACAAUUAUGUAAACCCUCAUAAUGGCAGACACUCUCCAAUGAUCUCCAAGGAAACACUAGACAUUGUCUUGGCUAACAAAGAUCGCCUGAACUCCGCCAUCAUCUAUGAUAGAGACUUCUCCUACAACUACUUUGGCUUUAAGACUCUAGAGCGCUCCUAUCUGCUGAAAAUCAAUUCAAAAGUUGCUGAACGCCCCCAACACAUGCUGAUGAGGGUAUCUGUGGGAAUCCACAAAAAUGACAUUGAUGCUGCGAUUGAAACCUACAACCUCCUAUCUGAGAAGUGGUUUACCCAUGCAUCUCCCACACUCUUCAAUGCUGGCACCAACCGACCUCAGCUGUCCAGUUGUUUCCUGCUGUGUAUGAAGGAUGACAGCAUUGAGGGAAUCUAUGACACUCUAAAGCACUGUGCGCUGAUUUCCAAAUCUGCUGGUGGAAUUGGUGUUGCUGUGAGCUGUAUCCGAGCCACUGGCAGCUACAUUGCUGGGACAAAUGGAAAUUCCAAUGGGCUUGUUCCAAUGCUGAGAGUCUACAAUAACACUGCCCGCUAUGUGGAUCAAGGGGGUAACAAGAGACCCGGGGCCUUUGCCAUCUAUCUGGAGCCAUGGCACUUGGACAUUUUUGAGUUUCUUGACCUGAAGAAGAACACCGGGAAGGAGGAGCAGCGAGCCAGAGACCUCUUCUUUGCCCUCUGGAUUCCUGAUCUCUUCAUGAAACGGGUAGAGACUAACCAGGACUGGUCAUUGAUGUGUCCAAAUGAGUGUCCUGGCCUAGACGAGGUUUGGGGAGAGGAGUUUGAGAAACUGUAUGAGAGUUACGAGAAGCAGGGCCGUGUCCGCAAGGUGGUGAAGGCCCAGCAGCUCUGGUAUGCCAUCAUAGAGUCUCAGACUGAAACCGGGACCCCUUACAUGCUGUACAAGGACUCUUGUAAUAGGAAGAGCAACCAGCAGAACCUGGGAACCAUCAAGUGCAGCAACCUGUGCACAGAAAUAGUGGAGUACACCAGCAAAGACGAGGUUGCUGUUUGUAACUUAGCCUCUAUAGCCCUGAACAUGUACGUCACAUCGGAGCACACUUACGACUUCAAGAAGCUGGCUGAGGUCACCAAAGUCAUAGUUCGAAACUUGAACAAAAUAAUUGACAUCAACUUCUACCCUGUGCCAGAGGCUGAUCUCUCCAACAAACGCCAUCGUCCCAUUGGCAUUGGAGUGCAAGGUCUGGCGGAUGCGUUCAUUCUGAUGAGAUACCCCUUUGAAAGUCCUGAGGCCCAGUUGUUGAACCAGCAGAUCUUCGAGACCAUUUAUUAUGGUGCUUUGGAAUCCAGCUGUGAACUUGCCAAAGAGCAUGGGCCGUACGAAACUUAUGAAGGCUGCCCUGUCAGCAAAGGCAUCCUACAGUAUGAUAUGUGGAAUGUCACCCCUACUGAUCUGUGGGACUGGAAGGCUUUAAAGCAGAAGAUUGCCAAGUAUGGUGUUAGAAACAGCCUACUCCUUUCUCCAAUGCCAACUGCUUCUACUGCUCAGAUCUUGGGCAACAAUGAGUCCAUUGAACCCUACACCAGUAACAUCUACACACGCCGAGUUCUCUCGGGCGAGUUUCAGAUUGCGAAUCCACACUUGUUGAAAGAUCUGACGGAAAGAGGCUUGUGGAAUGAGGAGAUGAAAAACCAAAUCAUCGCCCACAGUGGCUCUGUGCAGAACAUCGCGGAGAUUCCAGAUGACUUGAAGCAGCUCUAUAAGACAGUCUGGGAAAUAUCCCAGAAGACCAUCCUCAAAAUGGCAGCUGACAGAGGCGCUUUCAUUGAUCAGAGCCAGUCCCUGAACAUCCAUAUUGCAGAGCCCAACUAUGGCAAACUCACCAGCAUGCACUUCUAUGGGUGGAAGCAGGGCCUGAAGACAGGCAUGUACUACCUGAGGACAAAACCAGCGGCCAAGCCCAUCCAGUUCACCCUGAACAAGGAGAAGCUCAAAGAGAGAGAGAAGGUGUCCAGGGAAGAGGAGGAGAAGGAGAGGAACAAAGCAGCCAUGGUGUGUUCGCUGGAGAACCGAGAUGACUGCCUGAUGUGUGGCUCCUAACGCAUCUGCCGUCUGGUGCCAGCACGGCUGCUCCAUCUAGCUUAAUCUCUUCUAGAGUAGAUAGGUCUAGUUUUACUUCAGUAUGUAGCGCAUAAGAAGUGUGUGUGUGUGUGUGUGUGUGUGUGUGUCUGUAUAUAUAUCCCUUUUGCAGCUGAGCUUCCUGGAAACUUAAGUGCUUUUGUAUAGUCUUGCAUUAUUCACUGUAGAUAGAAUUUUCCUAACCGUGGACAGGAAAAAUGCUAAUGCCUGUUACCUUAAGGAUGAGUUCUGUGCACUUCAGACAAUUGUCCUCAUUUUACUACUGUGCUUAUGAAUGAAUUUCCUUUGCCACAGUAACUUGGCAGUGAGGAAAACAUCCCUGUGCUCUGUCUGUUGUGGCCAGGGGCACGUUGUGUUAAGCUAAUGAGUUUGGCUCACACUAGAAGUGUUUGUGUGCCUGUUAGAGCGACCCCUCACAAGGAGCUCCUGGUUCUCCCAAGGUCCUGGGGAACAGACUGGCUAUGUGUAUGCAUCACAUGCAGACUUCUUCGCCAUCCGGCCAGAGGGAGGGCAGAGCAUUGCACAUGCUGUCUCCUUUCAAGAGCCAAAUCCAUCUGGCUGGGCGAAUUGUUUGAUGGUUCUAAAAUAAAUGUUUUUACCUUUCAGUGUA